AUGCAGGCCAAUGGUAUCUCCAACGUAAUUUUACCAGACGCGAAGGACCUAGGGAGAGCGCUGUGCAUCAUCACCGGGGCGUCCAAAGGAUUUGGCCGAACCAUAGCGAAAGAGAUUUCCCUGUUGCUCAAACCGAGGUCGGUGCUUGUUUUGGCGGCUCGCUCCGAUGAGAAAUUGCGGGAACUCCAGGCAAAUUUGGCUUCGUCGGAUGCGGGCAGGGCAGGGUUGGUAAUUCGUUGUGUUGUCGUAGACCUGGGAAUGAAAGAAGGGGUGGAAAGUGUCAUCAGGGCGGCGAAAGAGAUUUCCUCCGAGGAUAUUGACCAUCUCAUACUGAUAAACAAUGCUGCCUCUCUGGGAGACGUGUCGCGCUACGCCCAGAGUUUCACCAACAUGGCGGAGGUGGACUCCUACCUGUCACUCAACGUAAGCUCCGCCCUCAGCCUGACAGCCGGCCUGCUGCAGGUGUUCCCACGACGACAGGGGCUGCGGCGCUGUGUAGUCAACGUGAGCUCGCUGUGUGCUCUGCAGCCCCUCCCCUCCUGGGUGCUAUACUGCACAGGCAAGGCAGCCCGAGACAUGAUGUUCCGUGUGCUGGCAGAGGAGGAGCCGGACCUCCGUGUACUCAACUAUUCCCCAGGUCCCCUGAACACGGACAUGCAGGUGGAGGCCAGGGACUGCACGGCAGACCCUGGCGUGAGGAAGUCCUUCUCAGUCAUGCUCUCCCAGGGUCAGCUGCUCACCUGUGAAGACUCCUGUGCUAAGCUAAUGAAGGUGCUGCUGGAGGAUGACUACCCCUCCGGAGCACACCUUGAUUUCUAUGAUCUGUAGGGAGAGAGGGGGGAACUAGAAGACGCAGUGGGGCUCAGACUGGAGAUUAAUAUUUCUGGUGUAGGUACAAUUUUAUAGCCAGAACUGGUACUGGUUCAGAUUAGUUAGUUCGCUUCAAAGAUGGUUUUGAGUUAAUAAGAUCUGAUUCUAAAUCUGUUUGAGGUGGUAAGGUUUGAGUGAACCUUUUACCGAAUCAGAAGGAAACAUGGAGAAGGAAGGUUGAAGAUGUUUCCGUCAUCCAAAGCCAUAGGCCUACUGUAGUUACUGAGUUUGGCAAACUAUCCUGAGUCCAUGUUAGGGCCUAACAUUCCAUCCCAUGACAGUACUGUUCUAAUUUGCCUUGAAACUUUUGGUACCAAAAUAGCAUAUAUUAAAGUACUUUAUCUCAAACAAAGUUUACUGAACUCUAAACUGUGCAUCUUCUGAUCUGCCAUUUCAUAGUUGUUAGUGGUGCUGAUAUGCUCGUGUUUGUACGAAUGGUCACAGCCUAACAAAACCAAUGAAAUCAAGUAAAGGCUGCAACUUAUUGGUGAUUUAACGUAGAUUAUUUCUUGUUCCUUAUAUGAUCAUACGUGUAUACUUGAAUGGUGCCUUCAUGCAUAACCUCUGCUUAUAUGUAGAUCUGUUUUUGUAGUAUAGAUGUACCAUUCAAAAUCAUUUAUUUGAGACCAAAUUUACUGCUGUUAAACAGCAUAGGAGAAAAUAAUUGCUUUAUCCUCCUGUCUGCACUUUUAUUAAUGCUUUUGCUUUUUAAGAGUUGUAGCGCUCUACUUGUGGCAUUUCAUGGAGAUAUUCCAUAUGUUUAUCAGUGUUGUGGUGAAAUCCUGCACAGAGCCUUCACCGUGUGCUACCACUAACUUCUUCAUGAUUGGUGGGUUCCCUGUGGGACGAUUGAGCUAAUGUAGACUAAUGCGAUUAGCAUGAGGUUGUAUGUAACAAGAACAUUUCCCAGGACAUAGACAUAUCUGAUAUUGGCAGAAAGCUUAAAUUCUUGUUAAUCUAACAGCACUGUCUAGUUUACAGUAGCUAUUACAGUGAAAGAAUACCAUACUAUUGUUUGAGGAGAGUGCAGUUUUGAACAUGAAACGUUAUUAAUAAACAAAUUAGGCACAUUUUGGCAGUCUUAACCAUUUCCCCCCCAAAAUGGAAUGGUUCAUUGGAUCAGUCUAAAACUUUGCACAUACACAGCUGCCAUCUAGUGGCCAAAAUCUAAAUUGCACCUGGGCUGGAAUAAUACAUUAUGGCCUUUCUCUUGCAUUUCAAAGAUGAUGGUACAAAAAAGUGUUUUUUCUUUGUAUUAUCGUUUACCAGAUCUAAUGUAUUAUUCUCCUACAUUCCUUUCAUAUUUCCACAAACUUCAACGUGUUUCCUUUCAAAUGGUACCAAGAAAAUACAUAUCCUUGCUUCAGGGCCUGAGCUACAGUCAGUUCGAUUUGGGUUGUCAUUUUAGGCGUAAAUUGAAAAAAGGGGGCUGAUCCUUAAGAGCGCACCAGCUAUCAAGGAGGAGGAAGUAAAUGUUUCUUCUGUGUGUGUGUGAGCUCUCGGUUGGAGCGACAGACAAACCAACAGUGUAUUGGACAGACAGGCAGAUGAGAGCAACUGCAAGCCGGAAGUUAACAGCCAAGACCAUUCUGUCUGUCGCUGUGUCUCUCCAGUGGACUUUUUAGUGUUCAGUGUGGUUGGAAACUGUAAAUGCGCUUUUGACAUUUUUGUUAAAUAGAGUGUGCAUUUGAGUACUGUAUAUUGUUUAUAAUUGUUGUAUUCUCAUGUAACCGUAUGGAUUGAUUUGUGUAUUGGCUUAAAAUAGUUUGGGGACAUUUUAAA